AUGCCGUCCGAAGACAAGCCCGUCUUGAAGUCCCGGCUUGAGGAACUUGAUGAUGCGUUCCGCUGCCAUUACCUGUUGCUUCCAGUCGAACAAGUGGAAGAAGGCAUUGGCCCAGAUGAUGCUGAUUUGUCCGUUAAGCACAGAGAGACCCGUGUCGGCCGGGUCCAAGAUGUCACCCGCCACAAGCGUACCCCGGAACCGGCCCUUGUCCCGGAACAGAUCGUAGCCGAUGUCCAAAAACUCGCGUUGCACAUCCGCUCCGUAAAGUCGGGAGCUAUCAACACCGUCGUGUGCGAGUUGCCGGAGAGCUUGCCCGACGCAAGUGCCCAGGUCCAGCAGCGUGUCUCCCGAGUCCGCUUGAGUUAG